AGGAAGGUGCAGAGGCAGUUCCCAGAAGCCCAGGAUGGACAUCAACCAGGAACUCCCAGCCAUCAACAGCCACAGAGCCCUGCAAAUAUGGAUUACUGAGGUAGAGCCCUCCAGCUUGUUACUUGGCAACCUCUCCUCUCAGAACCUAAAGAUGCUGCCACUGCCUGAACGAGCUCAUGGGAAUUUCUUCGAGGAAUGCUGCUAUGUCGUCCUUCAUGUCCCUCAGAGUCCAAAGGCUACCCAGGGAGGAUCCAGUGACCUGCACUACUGGAUUGGAAAGGAGGCCGGCACAGAGGCCCGGGAGGCUGCGGUCUCUUUUGUGCAACGUCUGCAGGAGGAUCUAGGAGACCAGACUGUGCUGCACCGAGAGUCACAGGGCCACGAGUCCGACUGCUUCCACAGCUAUUUCCACCCUGGAGUCAUCUACAAGAAGGGAGGCAGAGCUUCUGUUCUCAAGCUUUCGGAGACCAACAUGUACAACGUCCAGCGACUGCUUCACAUCAGGGGAAAGAAGCAUGUGUCUGCCACUGAG